GAGGGUGAGUAAAUGAUGAGAGAAUUUUCAUUUAUGGGCGAACUAUCCCUUUAAUCAUUCCUGGUUGGUAACAGUCUGCAGCCAGGCAGCUCAUGGCUUAUCCUUAAACAAACAAACAAAAAACAGAUCCAUAGAGAAUUGAGAGGUGAAAAGAAAGAACAACAAUAGAAACUGGUAAGUCCAUAAAAGCUGUAAGCUGUAAACUGUUUGGUUGUUGCUCUCGGCUGAUUUGGUGUUUCAAGUUUCAAAGGCAAAUAAGAGGCCUACAAGGCUAGAAUUACAAAAAAAGUUUGGUAUUAAAUAGAGCGAAUAUGAGCAGGGCUACUGGUAAAAAAAAAAAGGGAACGAGUUGUUUUUUCUGUUUUGUACGUAGUAAUCUAGAACUUUAAAAGUAAAAUCAGUAGUUAUACCUUUCUGAAAAAUAACUAGGCUCAAAAAAUAGAGGAAUAUUGUAACAGUUCUUAGGAUGGGGUGCAAGGAGCAAACAGGAGACAGCAAAAUGAAACUCAAACAGGUAAUUUAUUAUAACACAAGAUUUGCGUUUCAGCACUGCACUCUAACAAGUCUCUCUCCUCACUGGCAUCCGGCUUGCUCUUAAAACCGUCUCCACUCUCACUGCAAUGACAAACAGCUGUUAGAGACAAUCAUUGCCAGGUGAUGAUCCUUACCGUUCUCAUCUCUUGAUCUCGCUCUCCAUUCACAAGCUGGCGCUCAACCACACCCCACAACCACAAAUAGUUCUAGAAAAAAAGAAAAUUCUGUCAUCAUUUACUCCUCAUGUUGUUCCAAACUCACAUGACUGUCUUUCUGGAACACAAAGAAGUUUAGCUAAAUGUCUAGGCUGCUCUUUGCCUUACAAUCAAAGUGAACGAGUCGAAUACUAGGACUGUCAAGCCCUAAAAUAACAAAAAAGCAGUAUAAAAGAGAUUUAUUAUAUUCUAUAUAUAGAAUACAAGUGCAGAUGAGAAUUUUCAUAACUUACAUUUUGGCUUUUUCCUCAGACAAAUCUAUUGUCUUCAAUAGACUUGGAAUAUAGCACAUGUGUCAUAGGAACUACAUUUAUGGUACUUUUGUGAUGCUUUAAUGUAAUUUUUGGAGCUUGACAGUCCCAGUACCCAUUCAGUGUCAUUGUAUGGAGAAUAGCAACCUGGUGUUCCAUGGAAGAAAUAAAGUAAUUUAGGUUUUGAAUGUCAUUAGAGUGAGUAAAUGAUGAAAGAUAUUAAUAAUAUUAUUAUUUUGGUAAACUAACCCUUCAGUUGCACUUAUGGAACAAAAGAUUGCUGGUAUCAAAUUAUUGUUCAGAUAUAAAAAAUAUGAAUCAGGAAAUUGGUGGUUUUGUACAAACAAAUAGACAGAGGUAGGACUGGCAGAAACAGUUUUGUGUGUUCACUACUAUUCUUGAAUAUAAAGUAGUCACUUCCUAAUAAAAGGAAUAUCCAGUCCUGUCUGAAUUAUUUAGGAGCACAAUUUGUAUCUCUUGUUACCACAUGGAAAAAAGGCUAUGUGGUUUGAUGAGAACAAAAUAAGCAAGCUUUUGGUGUUGUUUAUUCUGAAUGUUUGGCACAAAGCCAACAUACUCUUAAGAGCCCAGGUCACACAGUCAAGUCAGUGUUAGGCUUUGGAGCAGUUUGCCACCGGGAGAAUAAUCCACCUUCCAAAAAUGCAGAACUUGGAAUGGAAAUUCACUCUUCAGGAUAUGUAUGUUCUCCAAUAAUGAUGAAGCUGUUAUCAACAAGAAGCUGCCAAAGGAGCUGUUGUUACGAAUUUUCUCAUUCCUUGAUGUAGUAACACUUUGCCGCUGUGCACAAGUCUCACGAUCAUGGAACGUGUUAGCUCUGGAUGGCAGUAACUGGCAGCGUAUCGACCUCUUCGACUUCCAAAGAGACAUUGAGGGCCGUGUGGUGGAAAAUAUCUCAAAACGUUGUGGAGGCUUCCUGAGGAAGUUAAGUCUCAGAGGGUGCCUUGGAGUUGGAGACAGUGCGCUCAGAACGUUUGCCCAAAACUGCAGAAAUAUUGAGCUGCUCAGUCUCAAUGGUUGCACCAAGAUCACUGACAGUACGUGUAACAGCUUGAGUAAAUUUUGUCCCAAAUUGAAGCACUUGGAUCUCGCCUCCUGCACUUCAAUCACCAACCUGUCUCUCAAAGCGCUGAGUGAAGGCUGUCCUUUACUAGAACAGUUGAACAUCUCAUGGUGUGACCAGGUGACCAAAGACGGCAUACAAGCACUUGUGAGAUGUUGUCCAGGACUCAAAGGCCUUUUUCUCAAAGGCUGCACACAGUUGGAAGAUGAAGCACUCAAGCAUAUUGGAGCACAUUGUCCAGAGCUGGUCACACUCAAUUUGCAGACGUGUUCCCAGAUCACAGAUGAAGGUCUUAUAACCAUCUGUCGUGGGUGUCAUCGGUUGCAGUCUUUGUGUGUGUCCGGCUGUGCAAACAUCACAGACGCAAUUCUCAAUGCCUUGGGCCAAAACUGCCCCCGCCUCAGAAUAUUAGAGGUGGCACGCUGCUCUCAGCUUACAGAUGUAGGUUUCACCUCAUUAGCACGGAACUGUCAUGAGUUAGAAAAGAUGGAUUUGGAAGAGUGUGUACAGAUUACAGAUGGAACGCUCAUCCAGUUAUCUGUUCACUGCCCUCGACUGCAGGUUCUGAGUCUGUCUCACUGUGAGUUGAUCACUGAUGAUGGCAUCAGGCAGCUGGGCAGUGGACCCUGUGCUCAUGACCGACUGGAGGUGAUCGAGCUGGAUAACUGUCCGCUCAUUACAGAUGCGUCAUUAGAACAUUUGAAAACCUGUCACAGCCUGGAUCGCAUCGAACUCUACGAUUGUCAACAGAUCACACGCGCUGGUAUUAAACGCUUGAGGACUCAUUUACCCAACAUUAAAGUUCACGCCUACUUUGCACCCGUGACUCCGCCUCCAUCGGUGGGCGGGAGCCGGCAGAGAUUCUGCCACUGCUGCAUCCUUCUAUGAUGUAAAAACAGACUGUGCAUCUUGACCUCUCACCCCCGAUCUACCUAGAGCACAUGUUGGUGGUCCCUGGUCAGAUCUGCUGUGAGGGACGGCGACCCUCUCUCGAGCUUUAAUCAACACUACAGCCCCUUCAGUGGCUUUAUAUGAGACUCUUAUAGGGUAAUUUAAGUGGACAAUGUUGGGGAGUGUGCUACUUUGUACAUUGAAAACAGUUUGAGGAGCAGAGCAUGGGGUCUUUAUGAAUAUUGUGGCCAAGCAAUAGGACGUUGUGGUUACACAGCAACUAUUCCUCCCUGUUAUUGGAUAGACUAUCAGAAUUGGAUUCAAGAUCAAGGUAAAACCAGAUGACGAUAUCACAAGGGACCCAGGUCAUGGAGGGUCAUGCCAGUGAUCUUAUAUGCCCGUACACAAACAUACAGUAACAGCUGUCUUUAACCUGUCAACCCAACUUUGGACAUGUAUGGACACACAUACACUACCAAUCAAAGGUUUGGACACUGAGUCAUUCUUUACUAAUACUGUUUUACACAUUUAAGAAUAAUGGUAAAGUCAUCAAAACUAUGGAAAAACACAAAUGGAAGUAUUGGAGUUAAGAAGUGACCAAAGAUGUUAAACAAAUUGAAGCUUUGUAAUAUUUUAGCUUCUUGAUUGAAGGAGUUCCCACGUGUGCUGGACACUCGCUGGCUUCUUUUCCUGGCUCCACUAUUCACUCCAACUCAUCCAUUUCAAAAAGUUUUUUUUUUCCAUUUUAGUUUUGUAAGGAAAUUUAUACACUUUAUAUUUGUCUGCAAAACUGAUUUCAAGCAUUUAAUCAUAAGCUUUUAGAUGAAAAGAGUUGUAAGCUCAUAAAAAACUUGAAAAGAUUCAAGUGUGUCCAGACCUUUUGCUGAUAGUGUACAAACAUCUCUCGCAUACACACAGACUCUCUCUUUGUUUCACUCUCAGUGGCUUUGUUGAACUUAGAGCAGAAACUGAAUAUUUAAAGCAUGAUACUCUUCCAAGUUUUUUUAAAUUUUUGUUUGUUUUUUAUUAUUACCUGAAUGUCUCUUUGGAAGAGGUCAGGGCUACAGAUGGCCAGUUUAGACAUGGUGUUCAGGAUCUUGGCUGCUAAGACAAAGAUUGCAGGUUCAGUCUCCAUGUCUGUGUGAGUUGCUAUUUUACUAUUAUGCAGGAGAGACUCUCAAAACCUGUCAAGAACAUGUCUGGGUCAUAUUUCAGUCUAAAAACCCAAAGAAAAAAAAAAUAUUUUGCUUUUUUAUGGCAAAAUGUAUGAGGAUGAAGCAUCUUUUUAGGACUAUAUAUAUAUAUAUAUAUAUAUAUAUAUAUACACACACCGAUCAGCCACAACAUUAAAACCAAAACCAAAAAACAUCUAGUGAGCGGCAGUUCUGUGGAUGGAAAUGCCUUGUUGAUGAGUGAGGUCAACAGAGGAUGGCCAGAUUGGUUUGAACUGACAAAGUCUACAGUAACUCAGAUAACCACUCUGUACAAUUGUGGUGAGAAGAAUAUCAUCUCAAUGCUAUUCAGAGAUGCGGGUUGGUGCUGUUUUGGUGGCACAAGGGGAACCUACACAAUAUUAGGCAGGUGGUUUUAAUUUUGUGGCUGAUCUAAAUGGCGGCCAAAAGUUUGGAAUAAUGUACAGAUUUUGCUCUUAUGGAAAGAAAUUGGUACUUUUAUUCACCAAAGUGGCAUUCAACUGAUCACAGCGUAUAGUCAGGACAUUAAUAACGUGAAAAAUUACUAUUACAAUUUGAACAUAACUUAAACUACUUCAAAGAGUUCUCAUCAAAAAAAUCUUCCAUGUACAGCUAUGACAGCUUUGCAGAUUCUUGGCAUCCUAGCUGCCAGUUUGUCCAGAUACUCAGGUGACAUUUCACCCCACACUUCCUGUAGCACUUGCCAUAGAUGUGGCUGUCUUGUCGGGCACUUCUCACGCACAUUACAGUCUAGCUGAUCCACAAAAGCUCAAUGGGGUUAAGAUCCAUAACACUCUUUUCCAAUUAUCUGUUGUCCAAUGUCUGUUUCUUUGCCCACUCUAACCUUUUCUUUUUUUUUCGGUUUCAAAAGUGGCUUUUUCUUUGCAAUUUUUCCCAUAAGGCCUGCACCCCUGAGUCUUCUCUUUACUGUUGAACAUGAAACUGGUGUUGAGCGGGUAGAAUUCAAUGAAGCUGUCAGCUGAGGACAUGUGAGGUGUCUAUUUCUCAAACUAGAGACUCUGAUGUACUUAUCCUCUUGUUUAGUUGUACAUCUGGCCUUCCACAUCUCUUUCUGUUCUUGUUAGAGCCAGUUGUCCUUUGUCUUUGAAGACUGUAGUGUACACCUUUGUAUGAAAUCUUCAGUUUUUUGGCAAUUUCAAGCAUUGUAUAGCCUUCAUUCCUCAAAACAAUGAUUGACUGACAAGUUUCUAGAGAAAGCUGUUUCUUUUUUGCCAUUUUUGACCAAAUAUUGACCUUAAGACAUGCCAGUCUAUUGCAUACUGUGGCAGCUCAAAAACAAACACAAAGACAAUGUUAAGCUUCAUUUAAUGAACCAAAUAGCUUUCAGCUGUGUUUGAUAUAAUGGCAAGUGAUUUUCUAGUACCAAAUUAGCAAUUUAGCAUGAUUACUCGAGGAUAAGGUGUUGGAGUGAUGGCUGCUGGAAAUGGGGUCUGUCUAGAUUUGAUCAAAAAUGACUUUUUUCAAAUAGUGAUGGUGCUGUUUUUUACAUCAGUAAUGUCCUGAAUAUACUUUGUGAUCAGUUGAAUGCCACUUUGGUGAAUUAAAGUACCAAAAU